AUGUAUCCCUACCCUUCGUACAAACGUCGUCGAGCCUAUCUGAUGAACAGCAGCUACGAACGUCGACGAGCCCGUAUAAAGCAACGUAGCGAGCUGGAAGGAUCCACUGAGGACGAUGUGAGCGAUUGGAGCGAAUCGGUCAUGAAAAACGGACUGAAACCGAAAGGACCUACGUUUACCAGUCAACUAUCUUGCGAGUCCGCCUCACCCCCGAGCUAG